CCUUUUCCUCUCCCACCAUUAGCGACCAUCUCGAGCUUUUGUUCUCCCAUUCCGGCGGGGUCUCUAGAAACCCUAACCUGGGCCUUUACCCCGAAUUCCGGCCAUGGCCGCCGUGACGCAGGCGCGUGAGGCGACGCCACCGCCAGUGAUUGGGAAGGCAGGGAGGUAUACGGUCUUCAUUACCCCUCCGGCCACGCUCAAGACGCAAACCGCCAGCCCUAACUCCGUUUCCAGUCCGAGCCUGAGAAAUGUGGACGAUUUACAGGCAAAGGCGCCAGUGUCUCUGCCGCCGCCGGUUCAGGUGCCACCGCGGCAGUUCGACAAGCCGGCAGCGACGCCGCGUGGCUCGGGAUCCGCCUUCGGGUUCUUCUGGAACGCGGUCGCCAAGGUUCAAGAUGCGCAUUCGAGCUUGGAUGAGUAUUUGGCGGAUUGGUUUGGUCUGAACCAAUCUAAGUACCAGUGGGCCUUGAAUGAUUACUACGAGAAUAAGGGUGUGGGAAAGGAAAGUGGGAAACAAACAGAAUUAGUGACCAAAGGUGAAGUUGUGUGAUAACUAUGAUUAAGCAUUUCGAUUUUGUAGAACAGCUUUUGUGCAUUGUUAUGCAGCUCUUAGAACCAAAUAUCUAAGGUGAUCUCCGCCCUACACCUUGUGUUGCAUUCAUAUGUAAUGUAUAUGAAAUCAAGAAGACAUCUCCACUGAAGCCAUGGAGAUGAAUGUUGUUUUGUUUGAAUAUCAUGCCUCAGUUGCCAAUCCCGCUGUGGCAUACUAACAACGAGGCUAUAAUGUAUCAGAAAAAAAAAAACAUUAUCAUUGAGAUAUUAUUAUGAUCUGUUGAUCCUUUUGCCUA